GCGGAGCGAGUGAGUGGCUGAGGGGCGUGAUGGGAGAGGCGGCCGUGGCCGCGGGGCCUUGCCCGCUGCGCGAGGACAGUUUUACGCGCUUCUCGUCGCAGAGCAAUGUGUACGGGUUGGCAGGUGACGCCUGUGGGCGCGGGGAGCUCCUGGCUGCCACCCUUAAAGGCAAGGUGCUCGGCUUUCGCUACCAAGACCUCCGACAGAAGAUCCGUCCAGUGGCCAAGGAGCUGCAGUUCAACUACAUCCCCGUGGACGCCGAGAUUGUCUCCAUCGAUGCCUUCAACAAGUCGGCCCCAAAGCAGGGCCUAGUUGUGGGGAUCACAUUCAUCAAGGAUUCAGGGGACAAAGGCAGCCCCUUCCUUAACAUUUACUGCGAUUACGAGCCUGGCUCUGAGUACAACCUUGACUCCAUUGCCCAAAGCUGCCUAAACCUGGAGCUCCAGUUCACUCCUUUCCAGCUGUGCCAUGCAGAGGUCCAGGUCGGGGAUCAACUGGAGACCGUAUUUCUCCUGAGUGGGAAUGACCCAGCCAUUCAUCUCUACAAGGAGAACGAGGGGCUGCAUCAGUUUGAGGAACAGCCUGUGGAAAACCUCUUCCCAGAGCUCAUGAGCCUGACCAGUAGCGUCCUCUGGCUUGACGUCCACAACCUCCCUGGCACAUCCCGGCGCCUCUCAGCUCUUGGCUGCCAGAGUGGUUAUGUUCGUGUUGCCCACGUGGACCAACAGAAUCGAGAGGUUUUGCAGACAUGGACGAUCCUGCAGGAUGGCCCAAUCUCCCGAGUGAUUGUGUUCAGCCUCUCAGCCCCCAAGGAGACCAAGGACAGGCCACAGCAGGAAGAGUACAGUGUGCUUGUGGCCAGCAUGUUGGAGCCAGCAGUGGUGUAUCGGGAUCUGCUGAGCCGCGGCCUUGAGGAUCAGCUUCUCCUGCCCGGCAGUGACCAGUUUGAUAGUGUCCUCUGUGGCCUGGUAACCGAUGUGGAUUUGGAUGGGCGGCCAGAAGUCCUGGUGGCCACCUAUGGACAGGAACUUCUCUGUUACAAGUACUGGGGCCCAGAGCCUGGGUUCCACCUGUUGUGGCAGCGGAGUUUCUCCAGUCCCCUGCUGGCCAUGGCUCAUGUGGACCUGACCGGGGAUGGGCUGCAGGAGCUUGCGGUGGUCUCCCUGAAGGGUGUGCACAUCCUGCAGCACAGCCUGAUCCAGGCCUCGGAGCUGGUCCUGACCCGGCUUCGCCAUCAAGUGGAGCAGAGGAGACGUCAGCCACAAGGGCUGGGGGACAGAGUGUGUCCAGGGCCCUCUGAGACCCCAGUCUCCUGAGCACCCACCCACCCAUUCUUCCCAGGCCUGGGCCGAUUCAUGGGGUGCUCGCUUCCAGCUGUUGAUGGAGGUUGGGGGGUAGGCAUCCUGAAAGAGGGGAUGCUCUGCCCAGACCCUCCCCCCUCCAGCUUUGCUCCAGUGUACCCUGUGACCCCGGCUAACCCGCUUUUCUCUCUGUGCCUCAGUGUGGGAUGACCCUGCCCAAUCCUCUCCACUUUCGAAAAGAAUUGGUCAGCUGACAAUUAUUUAUGUGUCCAGAGGAACAAA